AUGGACUGGGCAAGAAUCACAGUAACUACCGCUCAAGAGGCAUCAGAAGCUGUCGCGAACCUUCUCUUUGAAUUAAACGCCACCGGCGUUGAACUCAAGGAUAACGAGGCAUCGACAGUAAACCUCAUCGCCCACUAUCCGUUAGAUGAUAGAGUUGGCGCACGGAUGCAGAAACUCCGCGACUUCCUGACGGAACUUCCAACAUGGGGUAUCCAACCACAUCCUGCAACGAUUGAUUUAAAACAUGUCAAAUCCGAGAAGUGGGAAGAGGCAUGGAAAUCCGCCUUUCCACCGCAGCGUGUUGGUAGCAGGAUUGUCAUAGCCCCAACGUGGAUCGAUGUUCCCCACAACGAAACGGAAAUAUUGAUUCAACUCAAUCCGGGCAUGGCAUUCGGGACAGGUUACCAUCCGACCACGCGGCUCUCCCUCGAAUUAUUGGAACGCACCGUCGAACCGCACCAUCAGGUUGCUGACAUCGGGACAGGCUCCGGUAUCUUAACAAUUGCCGCUAUCAAGUUAGGUGCGAAACACGUUGACGCGAUUGAGAUUGAUCCGACAGCAAUCCCUAUUGCAGCCGCCAAUUUUCAGGCAAACGGUGUGGCACCAAAGGUCCAUUUGUCUCAAGGUGAUGGGCUCAGGGGAAUCGAAAACAGAUACCACCUCAUCAUUGGGAACAUCCUAACGAAGACAAUUCUUCCCAUGAUUCCAUUCUGCGUACAGCGGAUCUAUCCUGAAGGGAUCAUCAUUUUCUCUGGAAUUUUGGAGACUGAGUUUGCACAAGUUAAGUCAGUUUUAGAAGCAAAUCAGUUUCAAUGUCUUGAAGUCGUCAGCGAGGCAGAAGAUAAGGUGACUUGGGUAGGAAUCAAAGCCGCUCAGUAG